AUGACUGGUCUUGAUCUCAUCUUGGGAUUGGAUUGGUUAUCAAAGAAUCGUAUUCUGCUUGACUGUUAUGAAAGGUCAUUGCAUUUUAUGUCGGAAGGGUCAGAAGGACCGGUUGUGACGAAGAGUUAUUAUCUGAAUUCUAUUAUUGUAAACUAUAGCGGAUGUGAAUGUCAGGGUGUUAUGCUAUUAGCUGCAAAUGUGUCAGAAGUAUUCCCUGAGAAUAUACCUGAAUUUGCUCCUUAUCGUGAAAUCGAGUUUGCGAUUGAGCUGGUUCCUGGAGCAAGACCAAUUUCAAUUGCACCUUACCGAAUGUCGCCUUUGGAGUUGGCUGAACUUAAGGCUCAGCUGGAGGAGUUAAUGAGUAAGAACUUUAUUCUUCCGAGCGUUUCUUUGUAG